GUGCGGCCAUGGCGCGGGUGCUCAUCGUGGGCGCCGGGCUGACGGGCAGCCUGUGCGCGGCGCUGCUGAGGAAGGAGACGCCCCGGCCUGUGCACCUCGCGGUGUGGGACGAGGCCGGGGACUCAGGGGGAAGAAUGGCUACAGCCAGGAGUCCUUGCGAUCCGCAGAGCACCCUUGACUUGGGAGCGCAGUACAUCACCCGCACUCCCCAUUAUGCUAAAAAACACCAGAGUUUUUAUGAUGAGCUGUUAGCUCAUGGCAUUUUGAAGCCUCUGACCUCUCCAAUUGAAGGGAUGGUGAUGAAAGAAGGAGACUGUAACUUUGUGGCACCUCAAGGACUUUCUUCAAUUAUUAAGCAUUACCUGAAAGAAUCAGGUGCUGACGUCCACUUCCAACGCUGUGUGACCCAGAUCGACCUGAGAAAUGACAAGUGGGAGGUCUCCAGGGAAACGGGUCCCCCCGAGCAGUUUGACGUUGUUGUCCUCACGAUGCCCGUCCCGCAGAUUCUGCAGCUUCGAGGGGACAUCGCGAACUGUGAGUCCCAGCCUGCGCCGUUGGCCUCCGGGAAUGGGGUUUCCCUCACGGGGCGUGAAUUCAGCUAAACUGGCUUAG